GAUAUAAACUCGGAGUAACCGAUAAGUCUUGUACAUCGAAGAAAAGGACCCUACCUACGUGACGCGAGCUCGGAACCUCGGAAUCAAGCUGAAGAGGGAGUAGCAUUCUCUACUCUGACGACGGCUCUUUUUUUUCACUCUUAGGGCUUCGAUUCCGGGCAAGAAUUUCUGCAGAAGGGAAAAAGAUAUCAAUUCUGAAUUCCAGAACAAGUGCAUGCUCCAUUAGGCUUCACAUGACAAAGAUCAAUUGGUCUGUGCUUGGUGUAUGUGGUUGGAUCUAAAUCCCAACUUGCUGACCUGGAAAGAGCAACUGAUGCAACAUAGUUGGGAUAAGGUUUUGUUGAGUUGAGUUACUGUUGUGAUUGUAAGAAUGUGCAUGAAGAUUUUUAUGUAGAUCUGUACUGAUCUUUAACAUAUAUACUGAGAAGGAAACAACCACAGCUCUUCCAAGAUGGAAGAUGUUCAAUUAAACACAAACUGUGAUGUUAUUUGUCCUAUAUGCUUGGAGUAUCCUCACAAUGCAGUUCUCCUCCAAUGUUCAUCCCAUGAGCAAGGAUGUCGUCCAUUUAUGUGUGAUACAGAUCAUACACAUUCAAACUGUCUUGACCGUUUCAAAAGUGCAAAUGGAGUGUCAGCAGCAGUAAAGGGGCCGACAAUGUCAAAUGCUACUUCAACAGAAAGUAAUGAGCCAGUCUCACUCCAUGGCAGCUCUCACCCGGCUUGUCCAUUGUGCAGGGGAGAAGUUACAGGUUGGGUUGUUCUUGAAGAAGCUCGUCAGAAUUUGAACAAGAAGAGCCGAUGCUGUGAGGAGGAACAUUGUACAUUUGUUGGUAACUAUAUGGAACUUCAGAAGCAUGCAACACUCAAGCAUCCUCAUUCUCGUCCAGCAAAGAUAGACCCUGCGAGACAACUUGAUUGGGAGAACUUCCAGCAGUCUUCUGAGAUAAUAGAUGUUUUAAGCACCAUCCAUUCUGAAGUUCCACAUGGAGUGGUGUUGGGGGAUUAUGUGAUUGAGUAUGGAGAAGAGGAAACUGGAGAUGAAUUUGAGGACUUCCCUGGGGAUGAAGGAAACUGGUGGACUUCAUGUAUUUUAUAUCAGGUCUUUGACAAUUUUAGGACUUCAAGAAACCGGAGAAGGUCAAGAACUACAGAGACAAGGAGAGGACAUCAUCGAUCAAGCUAUGAUGCAUCAAAUUCUGAUGAGGGUUCUGUAUCAUCUACAGAAAUACCUGAAUAUAGAGUUGAUGAAAUGGAUGAUGAAUUUGGGAGUGCAAGUCGCCCAUCUAGGGGGAGCUUUGGUUAUCGCAGUUCUCGGAGGCGCCGUUCUCGCUUUUAUGACAGUUAGAGUUUGGCCAAAAUACACAGUUAAAGAAGGGAACAAUUAGCAUAAACCUCAACAGCAUAGGAUUAAAAGGUUAGCAAUGCUAUGGCAGGCAAAUACAGUGACGUGGUUGGUUUCCUUCUCAGUGGCACCUACUUGUCUUCAAUCUCUCCUUUUUGUGAUUUGAUUAGAUGUGUUUACAUAAAUUCCAAAACUUACCUGACAGUCAUAUGUAUGUAUGUCCAUUUGCCUGUUUAGAUAUUCUAGCAAAUAGGAAUUCUCUUUCAUUGUGCUGUGUAAAAAAGCUAAAUUUAUUCCCCAACUUGCAAGCAAGAUCUCCUGUGUAUUUGUACUUUGCUUUUUCUUCACUCCAAAUAUGGCAGCUCAACUGCUCAA